ACUCGUCACUGAUCACCAACAACAAUCACCAUGAAGCCCUCGGUGAGAUCGCCAUGGCUAGUGCUAGCCCUCGUCCUCUCCCUGUGCCUCUCCCUCUCGUUCGCGUCGUGGGAUGCCGAGGACGUAGGCAGGGGUGGUAGGAGGUGGAAGGAAGGGGGCGACGACGAAGGGCGGUCCGGCUCCGGCUCCGGCUCCGGCUCCGGCCGGCCGUACCACUUCGGCGAGGAGAGCUUCCGGGAGUGGGCCAAGUCGCGGCACGGCCACUUCAAGGUGCUGGAGCGCUUCGACCACGAGCUGCUCCGGGGCUCCAUCGGCGACUACCGCGUCGCGUGCCUGGACGCGGCGCCGCGGGCGUUCCUGCAGCCCAGCCACUACGACGCCGACGAGAUCGCCUUCGUGAGGGAAGGCGAGGGCGUGCUCGUGCUGCUGAGGAACGGGAAGCGGGAGUCGUUUUGCGUCAGGGAGGGCGACGUGUUCGUGAUCCCGGCCGGGUCCAUCGUGUACUCCGCCAACACGCACCGCUCCAAGUGGUUCCGGGUCGUCAUGCUGCUCAACCCCGUCUCCACGCCGGGCAGCUUCCAGGAGUUCUCCCCUAUUGGAUUUGGAGGCGAGCAGCCGCAGUCCUUCUUCAGCGUCUUCAGCGACGAGGUUAUCCAGGCGGCAUUCAACACUCGGCGGCGGGAGGAUGUGGACAGAGUGUUCGAGACGAAGAGCAGAGGUGAGGGUCAGAUAUCUGAGGGGUCGGAGGAGCAGAUACGGGAGCUGAGCAGGUCGUGCUCCAGGGGAGGACGCGGCGGCGGCGGUGGGUCGGGUUCCGAGAAGGAGGAAAUCCAGCCGCGCAGCCUCACCGGCGAGAAGCCGCGCUACUCGAACAAGCACGGCAGGGUCCACCAGAUCACCGGCGACCAGUGCCACCACCUCCGCAAGCUCGACAUGGAUGUCACCCUCGUCAACAUCACCCGGGGCUCGAUGACGGCGCUGAGAUACGCCACCCGGUCGACCAGGAUCUACAUCGUCGUGGAGGGGCGCGACGGCUACUUCGAGAUUGCGUGCCCGCACGUCUCCAGCUCCAGCCGUUCUGAGCGCCGGGAGCACGAGCAGGAGCGCGAGCGCGAGCACGGACACGGCAGGAGGAGCGAGGAGCGCGAGCGUGAGCAUGGGCAGGGCAGGAGGAGCGAGGAGCGCGAGCACGAGCAGGGAAGACAGGAGGAGGAGCAGGGCCACGGCGGCGAGCAGGAGAAAUCGAGGGGCUACAAGCAGGUGAGGGCCGAGAUCAAGGUGGGGUCGGUGAUCGUGCUCCCCGCGGGCCACCCGGCGACGUUCGUGGCCGGGAACGAGGGGAACCUCGCCCUGCUGUCCUUCGGCGUGGGCGCCAACAACGACGAGGAGGUGUUCGUGACCGGCGGGAACAGCGUGCUGAAGCAGCUGGACGACGCGGCCAAGGCGCUGGCGUUCCCCCAGCAGGCGAGGGAGCUGGCGGACAGGGUCAUCCGCGCGCAGCCGGAGUCCGUGUUCGUCCCCGGCCCGCAGCAGGAGCGCCGCGUCGCCGACAUGUGAGCGACGAUCUCGAGCGUGCGCAUGCAGGUCGUGGAGCUGCAUGCAUGAGUGUACAUGCAACGGGAAUAAAUAGCCAGCACGGUACUGCCUACUACAGUACGUGCGUGUAGCAGAGGAGAGGAGAGACGAUGCUCUGUGAACGGAUGUGCAUGCUUUGUGUUCCUGCGCGGUUAUCCAUGCAUGGACGUGAGCUUUCUAUGUAUGUAUUGUACCUGAGUUUUCCGGUAAUAAAAGACGUAGACCUUGCCCGUCGGCUCGUUGGAACA